CGCUCCCGAACGAAAGGGAAAACCAUAACAGGCACUUCAGAUAAACCGGAACCUGACAUAUACCCCGGUAUCCCUCAUGGCGAGACCUCAUGGCCCACGAACAUCUGUCUCGAGAGGUCUGUCGUACUUAUGAGGUAAACAUGCACCGACGGCCUUUGUACCCCUUGCAUACUGUAUACGGCUACCAACAAGGUCCGAUUGAUGUCUCUCAGCCCUUGGUGCAGCCGCGGAUGUAUGGCGGUCGUCACUCCCGAGGACAUGAAGCGACCCCAUUUUGUUCGACGUCCCAAUCGUACAAUAAGACAUGCCCUGGGCAUGCUCUUCGGCAUUGAAAUUUCUUACGUAUACCAAGAGCACCAGACCGCACUGGACCUCGACGCUGGGAAGGCACACUGUCAAAUCGAGCGCCGGGAAGCUUUGUGGCGCCCUUUCAGCUUCGCGCAGUCGCUUCGCUGCAGGCAAGAUUUGAUGUAAAUGGCUCGAGAAUCAGGGCUGUGACUUUCUUGUCUCCACAGCACAGUUUAGCGGGGAGCCAAGUGACGCAUCCCUCCACACCCGUCCAAGCUCCGGGCGACGCACAGGACCUCUUCAAGACACGCAGCAUCGUCAUCGGGCCUGCAGAGCACCGAUCGACAGCCGUCAGGGAAGGCGGGGACGGUACAUGGCAUCUGCAUUGCUCCAAGUGCAUGUCCGCAACUGGUCCGUUGACAGCCAGCCUCCCUCCCGAAAUGAACCCAACGCUCCGCUAUCAGACUCUAUAAAAGAGCCGUCUUCCCCCCGGCGCAGGGGCAUAGUUCACGUCCGGCCUUCUCUUCGCGCACCGGAACACGUGUUUCAAUGGACUCUUGUCCGUCCCCCACCAUGCUUCUCCCCUCUCCACGCGUCGCCGUCAUCGGCGGCGGCAUCACCGGCCCUGCGCUCGCCAUAUUCCUCAAGCUGAAGGGCUACGAGCCAGUCAUCUAUGAACGCUCGCAGGCGUCCUGCGAAGCGGGGCUCUGCCUCGGUUUGCAGCCGAACGGCCUACGCGUACUAUCCAAGGUCCCCGGGCUCGUCGAACACAUACGUGGCUGGCCGGUCGACGAGUACGGCUUCUACUCGGUGCUGCCGGAGGACAUGGGCGUCCUCGCGGAGCUCGACCAACCGAAGCAGCUGCGGCUGUCGCAGGGCAUCGGGCCCGUGGGCAUCCGGAGGAGCGACCUGCAGAGGAGGCUGUUCGAGUUUGUGGAGAGCAUCGGGGUCAAGGUCCAGUGGGGCUGCAAGCUCGAAGAGCUGGAGCAGACAGAGGACUCUGUCAGAUUGAGGUUUGCGAACGGCGUGGAGGAGGAGGCCAGUUUUGUUGUGGGCUGCGACGGCCUGCACAGCAAUACUCGAAGUUGUCUCUUUGGCGACCAGCCGGCGGACUUCACUGGGUUGACGCAGUGCGGUGGUUUUUCGCCCAUCCCUGAACAUCUAAGGGGACGAUCAAUGACGAUGAGUCUAUACGGGGAUGGCGUUCACUUGAUUGCCGUCCAAGUCGACGAGGACACCAUGGGCUGGGCUGUCACCCAGCGAGAGCCAGAAGCUAAAGAGGCGUGGAGAGCGAUGGACGACGUAGCCCUGGCAGAGCUGAAAGAAUCCCAGUUCAGCACGUGGGACUUUGGAGGCGGAGAGCUCGUACGGAACGGUACACAUGUGACAAAGUAUGGCCUGUAUGACCGCCCGAAUCUUACAACCUGGUAUCAGGGACGCGUAGUUCUCAUCGGCGACGCGGCGCAUCCCACAAGUCCACAUCUUGGCCAGGGCGCGAACCAAGCGUUCGAAGACGUCGAUCUCCUGAUCGGUCUGCUGGAGAAGUACAACCCCUGCGCGCAGUCGCCGUCGACGCCGACGCUCGAGACGGUGUUCACCGAGCUCGAGACAGUGCGGAUCCCGCGCACGUCCAAGAUGGUGCGGCUCGCGCGCGCACAGGGUGAGAUACGCGUGACACAGGGCGUCGAGGCCUGCAAGGCGCGCAACGACGCGUACCGCGAGAAGUUCAUGAAGAAGCAGCUAGGGAGGGCGCGGCUGGAAUCAUAGGGCACGUAUCUAAUUUCUGUACUUUUAAUCGGACGGACGAUAUCGCCUGCUGUGGUUUGUAGCCUGUAUCUUACCAUCACAUGUUGUAUUCAUUGGUUGUUGAUCUUUGUACUUACCUAAUCAGGAAGAUAGCCAUCUUACGGCGCGAUUUUCCC